CUUUCCACGCAAGGUCAGCCACGGAGAGACAUCGGGCGGAAGACGCGUCCAAAAAAGGAGCUGCUAUAGCAAAACAAACCACUUCGCGUCGCGUCCGAGCUCGCGCUCCGUAGACGGCGUCAAACAGCUGUUUUGCACGCGAACCAGGAAGCUUGCGCAAUCAUGAAUCCUGUACUUCCCAGAUAGCCAUUCAUAUUCUUAUCCGCAAGCACUGCGACAUUUUAAGGCGAGAUGAAAACACCAGGCUGUCCUUGUGCGUCAAAACACGCGUGAGAAAACCGAGGACUGUAGUGACUUGCUGCUGCCGCAACUCAGCGACACAACAGCGGCUUCAGAUUACACCCUCAGGGGGGCUUCCUUCUGCCAACAUAUAUGAUAUAUUAUGCAUAUGAUCCAAAAUAUCCUGGAGCGUUAAUAACAGAACCCGUGUUAAAUCGUGCACAAUGAAUUGAAUGCAGAAACUUCUCCAAUGACUCACAGCACAUGCACACAAAUAAGAUCAGCCCUCAGUGACCGAAGUAAAACAUCUUCUGUCAUGCAGAACGGAACAUGAUCUUCUCUUCACAAGGGCGAUUGGUUAUUUUGAUUCCGGCUGCAUGGCUGAUGAAGUCACUUCCUGAGGGUUCAUGAAGAAUUCAUACGGUUUAGGAGGAAGUGGGCUUGCGUGGCAGCAGCAUGUUCAAAGUAUUUUUUCAGUUUAUCUGCUGACUCUUAUCAGACACAGAUCGAUCAGAAGUGUGAGCCCAUGAACCACAAAACCACUGACUAGAUAAGCUUUCUGUUGAUGUAUGGUUUGUUAGGAUAGGACAAUAUCGGGCCGAGAUACAACUAUUUAAAGAAUCUGGAAUCUGAGGGUGCAAAAAGAAAAAAGAAACACAUCCAUGACCGAUCCUAAGGUGGUUUUGCUGGUUAGAUGGUCCAAACUGGUCAUUUAUGGUCAUAGCUGGUGUAGAUCAGACCAGUUUUUGAUCUGCUAGAGGUCAGUUUGGUUAGAGUAGACCUCCAAAAAACAGGUCUGACCACCUCAAAGGGUUCACCCCAAAAUUUUGUAAAUGUUUACUCACCCUCAUGUCGUUCUGAAUGCAUUUGACUCUCUUUCCUCCAUGCAUGCAACCCAAAAGGAGAAGUUUAGAUGAAUGUCCAUGCUGUAUGUUUCCUUAUGAUGUAAAUGAAUGGGGACAAAUGCUGUCAAGCUCCAAAAAAAAGAGUCAUUUGAUAGAUUUAUGAGAGGAACAGACCCAAAUUUAAGUUGUUUUCCUGAUCUCAUCUGCAUUCGCAUAUUGAGAUAUUUCUGCAUGAAGACACUUGGACUUUAAAUAUAGUGUGCGCCAGUUGUUUGGACUACUUUUCAGUCAUUUCUGAAGUCCAGCAGUGUCCACUUCCCCAGCAACUUGCAUAUCCAUUUUGUUCAGUUAUCCAACAGGGUCUGAAACAGAAAAUUACGCAACAGUCUCCCACUAUAAUGUUCACUUUGAUCAACAAUUAUAGCUUGACAAAUCACAAUGACUGCAUGGAAACAAGCUUUUCUGUGAACUGAUGAACAGGACACAAGAUCUGCACACAGAUAACCUUAUGCACACCUGUUGCCUUCAGUCACUGUUCCCGACACAAAUACAGGUGAUGCACACACAGAUCCAUACACACGCUGUCAGCUGCUGUCCACACCAACUGUAUAACGUCAAAACAGCCUGUAAUCAUACUGCUUGUGAUGUGGACAGUCAUUGUGUGGUGUACUCACCCAACAGCUGCCCGUGUUGUUUCACGAUCUCAGGAUCAGAUUAAUGUCACUAUAUAACAGCAGGACACAGAGACAGAGAGAGUCAAGCGGAGCUGGACACAUUUGAUCGAUUCUUUGAGGUUCUUUCAGACGUCGUGUGAUGUGUAAGGGGCUGUCUGCCAUCCCCUCCUCAUGCCUGGAGAAGGCGAAGGGCAUGAGGGUCAAACUGUCCCACCUGACCGAAAAGCAGGAGUGGAUUUACAAACACAGAGCGAAUGAGGAGAAGCUGCCUCAGGACCUGGAGUCUCUGCUCAACAGCAAGACGGGCAUCCAGGCGUUCCGCUGCUUCCUGCGCUCGGAGUUCAGCGAGGAGAACCUGGAGUUCUGGCUCGCGUGCGAAGAGUACAAGAGCGCAUCCGGGUCCCGGCUGGCGGCGAGAGCCCACAACAUCUACAAGCAGUUCAUCAACCCUGACGCUCCUCGGGAGGUGAAUCUGGACAGUGAGACCCGCGAGGUGUUGAUGGGGCUGAUGGAGGAUCCCACAGCGGACACCUUCGACGAGGCUCAGCAACGGAUCUUCUCCCUGAUGGCUAAAGACCCGUUCCCACGUUUCCUGCGCUCCUCUUACAGCCAGCAGCCUCUCAAAGUCCUGUGAGACACACUGCGUAUCUGAGGUCUAGACUAGAUCUGUAGUUAAUCUGUAGAGACGCAUGAGCACACUCAGGUAGAAUGUAGUUUAGUAGGACAUAGACUCUUUAUUACAUUUUAAAACAUCUAUAAUCACUCACUUUGCCUUUAUAUCUUUGAACCAAAUAAAGUUAUUUUGCUCAAAA